GAUAUAAUUGUGAAGAAAGACUCUCUCUUUUAGCACCGACCCGUUUCUCUACGUUGCACUUACUGGCAUAAUGGAUGGCACAGCUGUUCUCCUGACCACGCCACUCACUCUCUACCUAGGCCGCCGCACCAUUGUAGGUCUUGGGCUGUGUGUGGGAGGAAUCUUACUGUUACUCGACCUUUUAGUACCAAUGGAUUAUUACUGGAUCAAGUGGAUCCUAGUGAUGGCAGGAUUUCUGAUGGUAGCGGGAGCAUUCCAGGUGAAUUAUGUGUAUGCACCAGAGCUGUUUCCCACAGAGGCCCGCACCAGAGGCUUCGCAUUUGUCAACAUGAUGGGUAGCAUUGGCUUCAUGUGUGCUCCACUAGUGACUACUCUUGUUGCUCCGUAUGCGUGGUGGGCUGCCAGUGUUAUCUUCGGGUGUUCAGGGAUCAUCGGCAGCCUCAUGGUGGCCUUCCUACCGGAAACCAGUAACCAGCCGCUUCCGGAGACGCUCAGAGACGUCGAAGUAAGAAGAAUACAAAGCAAGUCUAAAGAGAAAGGGACGGUAAACAAAGGUUAUGAAACUGGAGGAGAAAGUAGGAUAUAAAGAUUAGAUUUAUGUAUCUCCAAUGCAUUCGCUAAUACAGUAAUGCUAUAUGAAAGACAUAAGACAAUAACUUAGCUGUCUGCCAUCGCAGGAUGCUCAUGAAGAUGGUAUAUAGGAAAGGCAGUAAAGGCAGAAAAAUAAGAGAAUGCCACAGGCAGAGAUAUAUUAAAAAGCAGGCAAAGAUUUUCUAAAAGACAGGCAGAGAAAUCUUAUCCAAGGCAAGCCCAUUGAUUUGAUCACAGUAAACUAGAGAGAAGUAGAAAUAUAUUAUCAAUGGCAGAUAAAAAUUAUCAAAGCUAGACAGAUUAUCAGAGAUUGGAAAUGAGAGUUUAUCACGUACAAAGAAAAGGUAAACUGUCAGAGGUAGGUAGAGAUUUUAUGGAAGGUAGUGAUAGAUAAUUUAUCAAAAGCAAAGAGACAUUUUACUAAGGUUAGGGAGAGAUGUUUUAGAAGAGGCAAGCAGAGUGAUUACGUCAACAGCAGACAAGAAUAUUUUAUUAAAGACAAAAAUAUUCUGAAAUGUCCAUCUUGGCAAGGUUCACAGGUAACAUAAUUAUGCCCAAGUUUUAUUAUUUUAAAUAUUUAUUUAUUUACAUCCAGUUUACCGAUGGGGAGGCAGCUGUCAGUCACUGGUGGAGGUAGCUGUCAGUUACUGGUGGAGGCAGCUGUCAGCCACUGGUGGAGGCAGCUGUCACUGGUGGAGGCAGCUGUCACUGGUGGAGGCAGCUGUCAGCCACAGGUGGAAGCAGCUGUCACUGGUGGAGGCAGCUGUCAGUCACUGGUGGAGGUAGCUGUCACUGGUGGAGGCAGCUGUCAGUCACUGGUGGAGGUAGCUGUCACUGGUGGAGGCAGCUGUCAGUCACUGGUGGAGGUAGCUGUCAGUUACUGUUGGAGGCAGCUGUCACUGGUGUAGGCAGCUGUCAGUCACUGGUGGAGGUAGCUGUCACUGGUGGAGGCAGCUGUCAGUCACUGGUGGAGGUAGCUGUCACUGGUGGAGGCAGCUGUCAGUCACUGGUGGAGGUAGCUGUCAGUUACUGUUGGAGGCAGCUGUCACUGGUGUAGGCAGCUGUCAGUCACUGGUGGAGGUAGCUGUCACUGGUGGAGGCAGCUGUCAGUCACUGGUGGAGGUAGCUGUCACUGGUGGAGGCAGCUGUCAGUCACUGGUGGAGGUAGCUGUCACUGGUGGAGGCAGCUGUCAGUCACUGGUGGAGGUAGCUGUCACUGGUGGAGGCAGCUGUCAGUCACUGGUGGAGGUAGCUGUCAGUUACUGUUGGAGGCAGCUGUCACUGGUGUAGGCAGCUGUCAGUCACUGGUGGAGGUAGCUGUCACUGGUGGAGGCAGCUGUCAGUCACUGGUGGAGGUAGCUGUCACUGGUGGAGGCAGCUGUCAGUCAAUGGUGGAGGUAGCUGUCAGUUACUGUUGGAGGCAGCUGUCACUGGUGUAGGCAGCUGUCAGUCACUGGUGGAGGUAGCUGUCACUGGUGGAGGCAGCUGUCAGUCACUGGUGGAGGUAGCUGUCAGUUACUGGUGGAGGCAGCUGUCACUGGUGUAGGCAGCUGUCAGUCACUGGUGGAGGUAGCUGUCAGUUACUGGUGGAGGCAGCUGUCACUGGUGGAGGCAGCUGUCAGUCACUGGUGGAGGUAGCUGUCAGUUACUGGUGGAGGCAGCUGUCACUGGUGGAGGCAGCUGUCAGCCACAGGUGGAAGCAGCUGUCACUGGUGGAGGCAGCUGUCACUAGUGAAGGCAGCUGUCACUAGCGAAGGCAGAAAGACUGAGGCUUCAGUAACAGCCUUCACUCUCAGAGGCGUCUCAAGUUAGGCUACAGUCUAGUGAUGUAUCGGAUAUCUGCAUCCGCAGAACAUCCGCACAAUUUCUGACAUCUGCAUUCGCAUUUCAAUGUAAAGAGAUAUCGACGUCAGUAAAAUAAGUAAGACCUCAUACACAUUCGCAUCUGCGGAUAUUUUUCUCAUCCGACACAUCUCCACCAGUGCCUAGUACUGCCUACUUGUACAGAUGUAUCAGGUAUCCGCAUCCGCAUCCACGGAACAUCCGCACAAUUUCUUACAUCCGCAUCCGCAUAUUACUGUAAACAGUUAUCCGCAUUCGCAAAAUAAGUAAGACAUCCUCAUACACCGCAUCCGCGGAUAUCUAAAUUUUCGCAUCCGAUACAUCUCUAGGUCACACCAUAUAAUUAUCUAUGGCAGUAUUUAAGUGUCUAGGUAGCUUGCUGUGUUUAGGACCUAUCGAUUAUACUGUGAGAAUAAUCCACCUCUGCUCUGAAAUAAAGCAUAUUUAAUCUUUUAAACACGAAACUUAAAAAAAAAAAUAUUGUAUGCACACUGGAAAAUACACACCUCACAGCAGUCAAAUAUAUCCAAACUUAUCUAAUAUUUAGUAUGGUGGUACCAACACUUUUUUAUGGGUGUGAAGCUUGGGUUGUAAAUGCUGCAGCGAGGAGGUGGCUGGAGGCAGUGAUGUCAUGUCUAAGGGCAAUGUGUGGUGUAAAUAUUAUGCAGAGAAUUCGGAGUGUGGAAAUUAGGAGAAGGUGCGGAGCUAAUAAAAGUAUUAGUCAGAGGGCUGAAGAGGGUUUGUUGAGGUGGUUUGGUCAUUUAGAGAGAAUGGAACAAAGUAGAAUGACUUGGAGAGCGUGUAAAUCUGUAGGAGAAGGAAGGUGGGGUAGGGGUCGUCUUCGGAAAGGUUGGAGGGAGGGGGUAAAAGAGGUUGUGUAGGUGAGGGGUCUGGACUUGCAGCAAGCGUGCAUGAGCGUGUUAGAUAGGAGUGAAUGGAGACGAAUGGUAUUUGGGACCUAACGAGCUGUUGGAGUGUGAGCAGGGUAAUAUUUAGUGAAGGGAUUCAGGGAAACCGGUUGUUUUUAUAUAGUCGGACUUGAGUCCUGGAAAUGGGAAGUACAAUGCCUGCACUUUAAAGGAGGGGUUUGGGAUAUUGGCAGUUUAGAGGGAUAUGUUAUAUAUCUUUAUAUAUGCUUCUAAACUGUAUCUGGGAGCCUGUGCAAAGACAGUGAUUAUGUAUGAGUGAAGUGAAAGUGUUGAAUGAUGAUGAAAGUAUUUUCUUUUUGGGGAUUUUCUUUCUUUUUGGGUCACCCUGCCUCAGCCACCUAAGAAAAUAAGGAAAUUCCAAACGCUUUCGUGACUUCUUCCAUUAUUAAGGAACUAUGAAAAUAAAAGAUAGAGUUAAACUGUCGGUAUUCUCAUCAAUGUUUUUGAGCGCUUUAUGUAUUUGUAGUCCAGAGUUCAAGGAUGAGGAAAUAUCCAAAAUUUAUGAAAUAGCUAGUGAUCUGAAAUACCCAAGAAACGUUGUUGAUAAUUCUUUUAAAAUUGCUAGAAAUACUUUUUACAAUCAGAAAGGGACAACCAGCCUUAUUCAACUAAAAAUGACAACCAGCCUUAUUCAACUAAAAAUAUGUUGGUUCUCCCUUACCAUGAAAACUUGGUUGAUAUGCCUUCUCUUCUUAAGACUUUUAAUAUCAAAGUUGUAUUUAAAAAUCUUAAUACAGUAAAAAAACUUUUGAUAAAGAAUUCCCCCCAAAAUGCUGACGGAUGUGUCAAUAAGAUUCCUUGUAAAAUUUGCGAUAAAGUUUAUUAUGGUUAAACUGGGAAAAGUCUUGAACUAAGAUUAAAACAUAAAUAUAGCAUUAGAACUGGACAAGAUUCCAAUGCUCUAUUUAUUCAUGUGAGAGAUUUUAACCAUCCAAUUGAUUUUCAAAAAGUUGAGAAAGUUGUAUCAAGCAAGUCCAUGGUUGAGAGGAAUAUAAUAGAAUUAUGUCUAAUAAAAAGUAGCUUUGAAAAUAAUAUGAAUAUUUCUUUUGGUUUAUAUAUAAAUUGGAUUAAUUUAUAGUUAAUAAAAUUUGGGAAGAAUUUAAGAUACAUUAGACAAUUUUUUGGGUUGAAUAUAAGCUGUGUUUCACGGAUCACUGACUACCUACCUACACCAGUAUAAAAAGUCUGGUGUUGUUGGGGUGGCAACGAGGUGUAGUCUUGUCCUUAUAUGCUUUUUUGUUAACCUUUUAUUUUUAUAGUUCCUUGAUAAUGUGAGAAGUCAAGAAAGCGUUUGGAAUUUCGCAUUUUUUUCACAGUGGCUGUUCUGCAUAUAUAUAUAUAUAUAUAUAUAUAUAUAUAUAUAUAUAUAUAUAUA